AUGUCGACUCGGUGGGUGUCUCGACUCGCGGCGCUGCCGCGGCUACGAGUCGGUGCCUAUGUGCGCCCCGUGGCGCUGUGUGUGGGCCCGGCCGUCGCGCCGCGCAGUGCGGCUGCGUGGCGUCCGCUGACGACGACGCGCGCCGUCGCGCAGCCGUCGUCCGGGAAGAAGGGCGGCGACGUGGCGCCGAGUGACGGGCCCAAGCCGUCGAUGCCUGUGCGUGUCUGGAACAAGGUGAAGGAGGAGGUGCUGCACUACUGGCACGGCACGAAGCUGCUCGGCAAGGAGCUCGCGAUCUCGACGCGGCUGCUGCGCCGCAUGAUCCUCGGGUACACGCUGACGCGCCGUGAGCACCGGCAGCUGCGCCGCACGAUGGGCGAUCUGCUGCGCCUGAUCCCGUUUAUCCCGUUCGUGAUUAUCCCGGCGGCCGAGCUGCUGCUCCCGGUGGCGCUGAAGCUCUUCCCGAACAUGCUGCCGAGCACGUUCGAGAGCAAGUUUACCGUGGAGGAGAAGCGGCGGCGCCUGCUGAAGCUGCGCCUUGAGAUGGCCAAGUUCCUGCAGGAGUCGAUCAAGGCCGGCGGCCUGCAGGUGUCCGACUCGGUGAAGGACUCGGACGCGUUCCAGGAGUUCUUCCACAAGGUGCGCAUCGGGCAGCACCCGACGAAGGAGGAUGUGAUCCGGGUGGCGAAGCUGUUUGACGACGACCUGACGCUCGACAACCUGACGCGCCCGCAGCUGGUGUCGAUCUGCCGGUACAUGCAGAUGACCGCGUUCGGCACGGACAACUACCUGCGCUUCCAGGUGCGGCAUGCGCUGAACCGCAUCCGGCAGGACGACCUGGUGAUCCGCGACGAGGGCACGGACGCGAUGUCGUACGUCGAGCUGCUCGUCGCGUGCCAGAGCCGCGGCGUGUGGACGCACAACCGCUCGCGUGAGCAGCUCAAGGAGGGUCUCGACGUGUGGAUCAACCUGCACGUCAAGGAGCGCAUCAGCGGCACGCUGCUGAUCCUCAGCCGCGCGUUCUACUUUGUCGGCGAGCCGGAGGACGCGAACGCGACGUACCAGGACAUGCAGAUCAAGGGCCUCGAGCUGACGAUGAGCUCGCUGCCCGACAAGCUGCUGAACGAGGCCGAGCUGCACUUUAGCAAGGACGCCGCGACGAACAAGCAGCGUCUCGAGGUGCUCCAGGAGCAGGAGGAGCUCAUCGAGGACGAGGCCGAGCAGGAGGAGGAGGUGCAGGCGGCGCGCGAUGCCGAGCGCUCGCGCAAGGACGCCGAGACGGUCGAGGCGACGCGCAUCCUGCCGACGGCGGCCAAGACGCGCGUAGACGAUGCGCGCAUGACCGAGGAGCAGCUGAGCGAGCUCGGCGAGGCGCUCGCAAUCCUCAGCGCCAAGUCGUCCGUGCUGCGCGAGCGCCAGGAGCUCUCGGAGCUGAUGAGCGAGCUGCCGCCCGACGACGCGGGCGCCGACGACGGCUCGCCCAAGGCAAAGAGCCUGUACCGCCGCGUGCGCUCGAUGCUCCAGCGCAUCGACAAGCAGCUCGAGGAGUUUGACAAGGACGUCGGCGGCCGCAUGCACCUGAUCGAGGCGAGCCCGACCGGGAAGAUCAGCGUCGACGACCUCGAGCAGGCGCUGCGCCUGAUCCGCCACCGCCCCGACGAGGAGAUGCUCCAGAAGCUCGUCGACAAGCUCGACGUCGACCUCGACGGCCUCGUGCCCCUCAACGACGUGCUCGAGCUGGCCGGCAUGGACAGCACGCUCGAGGCCAGCUACGGCGGCGAGGUCAAGGACAUCCAGCACGAGAGCUCCAAGCUGCUCUCCUCAAAGAAGCCUCGCAAGAGCGACAUUGUAGAAGAGUAA